AGGGGGGUGAAGGGGGUGGGGAGGAUCAUGGUGACCAGACCUUGGUUAGAACUGGCAGGAUCUUUGGAGGUUUGGUUGCUGAUGUAAAAAGGAAAGUCCCAUUCUAUUGGAGUGAUGUUAAGGAUGCUUUCCACAUGCAGAGUAUUGCUUCAUUUGUGUUUCUCUACUUUGCCUGCCUCACUCCAAUUAUUACAUUUGGUGGUCUGCUAGGAGAAGCCACUAACAAUAAUAUGGCUGCAUUUGAAAGUAUUCUGGCUGGUGCAGUGUGUGGCUGCACAUAUCAUUUGUUCUCUGGCCAGCCUCUCACAAUUAUAGGAAGUACUGGACCUAUCCUGGUUUUUGAAACCAUAGCAUUCUCAUUCUGCUCGGAUAAUGGUCUUGACUAUUUGUCCUUCCGAUUUUGGAUUGGUACCUGGACUGGAGUGAUUCUAUUAAUAAUGGUGGCGUUUGACCUCAGUUCACUUGUGCGUUUCAUAACCAGAUUUACAGAGGAGAGUUUUGCUGCUCUGAUUGCGUUAAUCUUCAUAUAUGAAGCAUUCUCGAAGUUGAUCAAAUUAGAAAAACAAGCUCAUAUUAAUUUCCACGCAUUGGAGCCAAUGAACUUAGAAUGUUAUUGCGCUGCAAAGAAUGAAACACAUGCAAAUGAUACGUCACCUGUAAGUACCACACCGAUUAGUCCAAAUACCACAAAUGCCAGUUAUGUAGAUGAUUAUGCAAAUGUGCAGUGGAAGCUCCUCCCUCUUGAGCUCUGUGAGGAAUAUAAUGGCGUUCUCGAAGGACCAGGAUGUAAAACACCAAAAUACGUCGCUGAUGUAUUCUUCUUCUCUUGCCUUCUCUUCCUUGGGACAUUCUUCUUGGCCUACUCCCUCAAGCUUUUCAGGAACACUAGAUUCUUCCCAAAUAAGGUCCGGGUAUUAAUUUCUGACUUUGCUGUCUUCCUGGCUAUCAUUGCCAUGGUAGGCCUGGACAUUGGAAUGGGCUUCAACACUCCCAAACUGACUGUACCUUCUGAAUUUAGGCCAACGAAGGAAGGACGUAGCUGGUUUGUGAACCCCAUGAAGAACCCAUGGUGGGCCAUCCCUGCAGCCAUCCUGCCUGCCCUACUCUGUACCAUCCUUAUCUUUAUGGACCAACAGAUCACUGCAGUUAUCGUCAACAGGAAGGAAAACAAACUGAAGAAAGGCAGUGGAUACCAUCUGGAUUUGUUCAUCAUUGCCCUACAGAUCGUGUUCUGCUCUAUGAUGGGUCUGCCCUGGUUUGUGGCAGCUACUGUCUUGUCUAUUAACCAUGUGAACAGUCUUAAGAUUGAAUCUGAGACCACUGCCCCUGGAGAGAAACCCCAGUUCUUGGGAGUAAGGGAACAGAGAGUGACUGGCUUUUGCAUCUUCCUCUUUAUUGGAAUUUCUAUCUUGCUGACAUCUAUCCUUAAGUAUGUCCCUAUGCCAGUGUUAUUUGGUGUAUUCUUGUACAUGGGCAUAUCUUCCCUCAAAGGAGUACAGUUUGUACAGCGCUUGUUGAUUAUCCUCAUGCCAACGAAGUAUCAACCUGAUUAUAUAUUCCUGCGGCACGUUCCUGUGCGUCGUGUUCAUCUCUUCACUUUGAUUCAAGCUGUCUGUCUGGCGAUUCUCUGGACCAUUAAAUCUAUCAAAUCAAUCUCGAUUAUUUUCCCACUUAUGGUGUUGGCGAUGUGUUUUGUACGUAAAGCCAUGGAUUGGUUGUUCACGCAGCAUGACCUUAAAUGGCUUGAUGAUGUCAUGCCCGAGACUCACAAACGAGAGAAAGAAGACAAGAAGAAGAAGCAGAUUGAAGCACUUGAGAAAGGAGAAGCAGAUGAACUUGAAAUGAUGGGUGGUACCAUUCAAGUACCCCUGCAAGGAGGGCGCCUUGUAAACAUCCCUGUAGAUCAGAUAAAAUAUAACCCUGCCAAGGCUACUGUCAACAUAUCAGAGGAGAUGGCCAAGACUGCAAUAUGGAAGACACUUGUUAGCAACGAAUCAAACCCCAAUAUACAAGAUCUUGAUAAUAAUAAGCCAAGGAAACGCAAGAAGAAGUCUAAGCGUAAGGACGCUCCAGGUACUAUUGUUGAGCAAGAAGAACCGUCCCCCACUAAGGCCCCUGUCAAGUUCAGCAUGGGCGCCGAGGAGACUGAAGCACUCAUAGAGUACCCAGAAAUCCGAGUCAGUCCACCGAGUGAAGCGACAACACCUAAUAAGGAAUCCUCGAAUCAGGAGCAGACAAAAUUAUAACGUUUAAAAAAAUAGGAAAUUUAGGAAAUUGAGAUUUAUGACUGCAUGGAAAAUGUUGAAU